AUGAUAUCGAGGUUAGCAUCGUCGCUUGUAGAGGACCCAGCUCAAGUCAAGGGCGUGGAGGAAGAAGAUAGUGACUAUGAGGAACUCAUUCCACCUGAAAACUUUGCUAUGAUUGAAAAAGGACUCUAUCGAAGUGGAUUUCCAAAGAAAAAGAACUUUGCAUUCUUGAAAAAAUCGCUGCAGCUCACGUCCAUCUUGACGCUAGUACUGGAAGACUACCCAUUGGCUAAUACGGAAUUUAAUAAGAUGCAUGGUAUCAAGCUACUGCAGUUUGGUGUUCCAGGCAACAAGGAACCAUUCGUGGACAUUCCAGAAGACGGUAUUGUAGCUGCUUUAAAAGCUGUGCUGGAUAAGCGUAACCAUCCGAUGCUGAUUCAUUGCAACAAAGGAAAGCAUCGCACCGGAUGCCUAGUCGGUUCAUUGCGUAAGGUACAGCGCUGGGCGUUUAGUUCAAUAUUUGAUGAAUAUAUUCGCUUCUCGGCACCUAAGCCCCGAAUGAUGGAUCAACAGUUUAUCGAGUUAUUUAAGACUGAACGGGUUACAGAGGAAGAAACUUUGUCAGAGCAUCUUCCAGAUUGGCCUGGUUUGAAUUUAAUUAAAGAUCGACCAUUUUACUAG